AUGUCAUCUCUCUAUACAUCUAGUGUAUCUGCUGUUUGUGUCUUCCAUUUUGAAAUCUUAAUCAUUGCUCUACUGCAAUCAACAGAAGUCAAUAACAGAGGUGUAUUAGCAGUAAAUCAGGAAACAGCAACUGUGGUUGCAGUGAAAGUACUAGAUCUUCAAAGACGAGAAUCUUUCAAAAACUUCACGGCUGAAUUCAAAACAUUAAGUUCCAUCCAGCAUCCCAGUCUCGUGAAAAUACUGACAUCUUGUUCUAGCGUCGAUUUUAAUGGAAAUGAAUUCAAAGCUAUAGUCUUUGAGUUCAUGCCAAAUGGGAGUCUCGAGAACUGGUUGCACCCAGUUACAUUUGACGAUCGACUUCAAAGUUUGACAAGGAGAUCAUUGAGUUUCGAAGAGAGACUGAAUGUAGCCAUAGAUGUUGCAUCUGCAUUAGAUUAUCUCCAUCACCACAGGCAAAUGCCAAUAGUCCAUUGUAAUCUAAAGCCAAGCAUCAUUUUGUUUGAUAAUGAUAUGAAUGGUCAUGUCCGCGAUUUUGGAUUAGCUAAGUUUCUAGGUGAAGUCACUACCAAUGUAGAAUCGGAAGAUCACAACAUUGGUACUUCAGUCAGGAUAAAUGGCUCGAUUGGGUACGCUGCUCCAGGUACGAAAAUUGCUGAAAGCACUGCGAGGAAGCUAAUAACGUUGGAGCCUGGAAAUACUGGGAAUUAUUUGCUUCUUUCGAGUACCUAUGCUUCUAGAGGACAAUGGGAGGAAGCUGCAAAAGUGAGGGUUGCAAUGAAGGAGAAAAGGAUCGAUAAGCUUCCUGGAUGUAGUUGGAUUGAAGUCAAAAGUAGAAAUCAUUGUCAUGAAAUUCAGUCGAAACGAUCAGCUAAUGAAGGAGGUCAGUAG